AAGGCGGGAGCGGGGCGGGAGAGGACUCGGGGUAGCCAGCCUGUGGCGGGGCCAGAGUGCCGGCGCUUUGAACUCCGGGCGAAGGUGAACCAGAACUUUUGCAAGUCGUGCAGGCGGCUCUCUUCCCUCAGGCAGGACCCCUUAAAGUAGUUCACUGGGAGACCCUUGCUGAGAGCCUCAGUCUGAGCUCAGACUGCAAACUCUGCUGGAAGCAGUAUAGGAGAACUUUAUGGAUCAGAUUGCUAAUCAGUACAUGGAAGAUUUGAAGAGCUGAAGGAAGAAACAGUAUUAAACUUGUUUUUUUAAAUAUCUAGGUUGGAAUUUGCCCUUGACAAAUAGCAAAAUGAUGAGUGAUGCAAGUGACAUGUUGGCUGCGGCGUUGGAGCAGAUGGACGGUAUUAUAGCAGGUUCUAAGGCCCUGGAAUAUUCCAAUGGGAUUUUUGAUUGCCAGUCUCCCACCUCCCCGUUCAUGGGAAGCUUGCGAGCUCUGCACCUUGUGGAAGACCUGCGCGGGUUGUUAGAGAUGAUGGAAGCGGAUGAGAAGGAAGGCUUGAGGUGCCAGAUCCCAGACUCCACGGCGGAAACGCUCAUCGAGUGGCUGCAGAGUCAAAUGGCAAAUGGACACCUCCCUGGGAAUGGAGAUGUGUAUCAAGAAAGGCUGGCACGUUUAGAAAAUGAUAAAGAAUCUCUCGUUCUUCAGGUAAGUGUGUUAACAGACCAGGUAGAGGCUCAGGGAGAAAAGAUUCGCGAUUUGGAGUUUUGCCUUGAAGAGCACAGAGAGAAGUUGAAUGCCACAGAAGAAAUGCUACAACAGGAGCUUCUGAGCAGGACAUCCUUAGAAACUCAGAAGUUGGACCUGAUGGCUGAAAUAUCUAACUUGAAGUUAAAACUGACAGCUGUAGAGAAGGACAGAUUGGAUUACGAAGAUAGAUUCAGAGACACAGAGGGGCUAAUGCAGGAGAUCAAUGAUUUGAGGUUAAGAGUCAGUGAAAUGGACAAUGAAAGACUUCAGAAUGAAAAAAAGCUGAAAGCUACCAAAUCUUUAAUGGCCAAACUUUCUAGCAUGAAAAUCAAGGUGGGUCAGAUGCAGUAUGAAAAGCAGCGGAUGGAACAAAAGUGGGAGUCCCUGAAGGAGGAACUGGCGUCUCUAAAAGAACAGCUGGAAGAGAAGGAAUCUGAAGUAAAAAGACUACAAGAAAAAUUGGUUUGCAAGAUGAAAGGAGAAGGGAUUGAAAUUCUUGAUCGAGAUGAAAAUUUUAAAAAGAAGCUCAAAGACAAAAAUAUUGAAGUACAAAAAAUGAAAAAGGCUGUGGAGUCUUUGAUGGCAGCAAAUGAAGAAAAGGAUCGGAAAAUAGAAGAUCUUCGACAGUGCCUGAACAGGUACAAGAAAAUGCAAGAUACAGUGGUACUGGCCCAAGGUAAAAAAGGCCAAGAUGGCGACUCUGAAGACCUGCUCCCUUCCAGUUCCUUCUCCACUUUGCUGGACGCACAGGGCUUUAGUGAUCUGGAGAAAAACCUGUCAUCUACGCCGGUAAUGGGAUCUCCCAGUCAUGACCCAUUUAACACAAGUGCUCCAGAAGAGUUCCACACCAGCGUCUUGCAAGUUUCAAUCCCUUCAUUAUUGCCAGCAUCUAAAGGCUUGGAAACGUCUGAAAAAGUGAAAUUGCCUCCUAAGCCAGAGAUGUCAUUUGAGGAGAAUGAUGGAAAACUAAUCCUUGGUUCUGCUGUUGAAACUCAACUGUGCGACAGUCUUUCAACUUCAAGUCUGCAAAAGUCUAGCAGCCUGGGCAAUCUGAAGAAAGAGUCAUCAGACGGGGAAAAGGAGUCUAUUCCGAAGCCUUCAGAGGCUAAAGCUCUGGUGGAAAGCAGCGCAUUUGGGAGCCUCCCGCACAAAGCUCCGGGACACGAUGCGUCUGUGGAUGACAAUCCCUUCGGCACUCGAAAAACCAGAUCUUCCUUUGGUCGUGGCUUUUUUAAAAUCAAAAGUAACAAGAGGACAGCAAGUGCUCCAAACUUGGAUCGUAAACGAAGUGCCAGUGCACCCACCUUAGCUGAAACAGAGAAGGAGACACCCGAGCACUUAGAUCUGGCUGGUGUAUCGUCUCAGCCAAAAGAUUCACAGGGGAGCAGUCCCUUCCAGAUAUCGCCACCAUCGCCGGAUUCCAAAAAGAAAUCUAGGGGUAUCAUGAGACUCUUUGGAAAACUUAGGAGAAGUCAAUCAACUACAUUUAACCCAGAUGACAUGUCUGAGCCUGAAUUCAAAAGAGGAGGGACAAGGGCAACUGCAGGACCCCGAUUGGGUUGGUCUCGAGAUUUGGGACAAUCUAACAGUGACUUGGAUAUGCCAUUUGCCAAGUGGACCAAGGAACAGGUUUGCAAUUGGCUUGUGGAACAGGGCUUGGGGUCCUACCUGAACUCUGGCAAGCGCUGGAUUGCAUCUGGCCAAACACUUUUGCAGGCUUCUCAACAAGAUCUAGAGAAGGAACUUGGAAUCAAGCAUUCACUUCAUCGAAAGAAACUCCAGCUGGCACUGCAAGCCCUGGGAUCCGAAGAAGAAACCAAUCAUGGGAAGCUGGAUUUCAACUGGGUCACUAGAUGGUUGGAUGAUAUUGGUCUCCCCCAAUACAAGACCCAGUUUGAUGAAGGACGGGUAGAUGGUCGAAUGCUUCAUUACAUGACUGUUGAUGACUUACUGUCUUUGAAGGUCAUGAGCGUGCUCCAUCAUCUCAGUAUCAAGAGGGCCAUCCAGGUCCUGAGGAUCAAUAACUUUGAACCAAACUGUCUGCGGAGGCGACCCUCUGACGAGAAUAGCAUCACCCCAUCAGAGGUUCAGCAGUGGACCAAUCAUCGCGUGAUGGAGUGGCUACGCUCCGUGGACUUGGCGGAAUAUGCCCCCAAUCUCAGAGGCAGUGGUGUCCAUGGCGGGCUCAUGGUUCUAGAACCUCGUUUUAAUGUGGAAACAAUGGCUCAGUUACUGAACAUCCCACCAAGCAAGACCCUGCUGCGAAGACAUUUGGCCACUCAUUUCAACCUUCUGAUCGGUGCUGAGGCCCAACACCAGAAACGGGGUGCCAUGGAGUUACCAGAUUAUGUACUUCUAACAGCUACUGCCAAAGUGAAGCCAAAGAAACUUACCUUCAGCAAUUUUGGUAAUCUGAGAAAGAAGAAACAGGAAGAUGGGGAGGAAUAUAUUUGUCCAAUGGAAUUGGGACAGGCCUCAGGAGGUACAUCUAAGAAAGGAUUUAAGCCUGGUUUGGACAUGCACCUGUAUGAUGAGGACGACUUGGACCGGUUAGAGCAGAUGGAAGACUCAGAAGGGACAGUGAGACAGAUAGGUGCAUUCUCUGAGGGCAUCAACAAUCUAACCCACAUGUUAAAGGAAGACGACAUGUUUAGAGAUUUUGCUGCCCGUUCCCCCAGCGCCAGCAUCACCGAUGAAGACUCAAAUGUCUGACCGCAGCACCUGCAUGAGCACGGGGAGCCCUUCAUCUUUGUUCCACUUUAUUUCUCAAACAGUCACAGUAUCUACAAUAGGCAACAGAUUGUAUAUUGUACAUCGUUCCCACUUCUCAUUUAGAAGUGGAAAUGGAAAGCAGGGAAUAGGUGCCGAUUCUAAAGUUGCCAUGACAAAUAAGACACUGGUGAAUGAGAGUAUAAUUGUUUUUCCUCUAUUUAAUGUAAAGAAAAAAAAUCUGUGAUAUAUUAUAUUUAAAGUGUCGCAUUUAAUAUGAGUAUUUUGCCAUAGUGUUUCCAUCUACAUUCACAGCGUGGAGGAUUUGGGAAGCAGUAACCAGUGAGGGAAUGAUUUUUGACAGCACUGCAGCCCUUGAAGCAGGACGUUAUAUGCUUUCAAAAUCAACAUGUGGAAUUUCUUUAAGCAUUCAGUGUGCCCACUAAAUGCCAGCCACACCUCCACUUGCCUCCACAUAUUGUCCCAUUUUUAUAUAUUUUUCUAAAUAUGUGUAUAUACUUAGUACAUAGAAAAUAGAACUUUUAUUUUGUGACAUAAGGAAGAUGGUAAAAAGAUCACAUUAAAAAAAAUACAGUGAUCAAAAUUUUCGUAUACCAGCUGGUUCUUGGAGAGGUCAUAAAUGAUCUUUCUUUCUCCAAAACUGAAUUUAAUGAUGUUGAUCAUGCAGACUAAAUUAGCAUAUAUGACAUAUCCCUUCUUUGAUGAUACAUCACAAAAUUGUUGAAUAGCUUUUUAAGAAUUUCAACCUUAAUCUUGGAUCCUCUUACCUCAUAAGGGAGAAUUUGAGGGACAUUUAAAUACUAUUAACUUGAAUGCAUUCAGAAACUCCCCCAAAUUUUGUAGAGAUAAUUUCUGAAGAAACAAACAAAACAAAACAAAGCCCUUUACAGUAUUAAGCUUCUUAUCUUCCUCUUUGCUAAAUAUAUCAUUACAUCAAAAUACUAACAGUCUUCCUAAUGUUAUUCAUUGUACAUUUCUCAGGCUAUCAGUGAAUGGGAUUUUUUUUUAAAAGCUGAAUACUUGUCUGAAUAUUUUGUCUCAGUCAGAGUUCAGUAACACAAAGGCUGCAAAAUUAGUUUCAUAAUGGCUAUAUUGUGAUGAUAAAAUGCAGUUCAUGUUUUUCUGUAGCACAGGUCCCAGAUAUUCUUUAUAAAGAAAAUAAAAAGCUGCAACAAAAACUGUUAUUAUGUUUAUUAUUUUCUAGAGGCAUUAGAAAAAAUAUUCUAUUUUUUAUUCAGUACUUCAUCAUUACUCAUGAUAGCCAAUGGUGGUAGACAGGUUUUCACAAAUUGGCAUAGGGUGGGUAGUUCAGUAUAUGUCAGUGGACUUGCUUAAUAAACUGUAUUUGAAUGUCAGUGGUAUGAUCUUUCAAGCUAACAAGUUACCAAGCUUUUCAUCAAGGAACCUGUGAUACUAAAUUACUAUUUAUUCAUAACUAAAAUAGUUCAAUGCUAAUAAUAAUCUUUUGCUCCCUAUCAUUCAUUAUUUGGUAACUGAUUUGGACUCUUAUCGAAUUUGUGUUUUGCUUUAAUGUGAAUAUGUGUCACCAUUUGAAAAACAAUUUGUUAUUCAAACCUGGCUAAAAAUACCAGGAGACUGUUAUAGAUGCCAAGUAUUCUUUAUUCAGGACAAUGUAACAUCACUGAUGAUAUGUGAUAUGGUUAAAUUUUUUUGAUGAUAUAUAUUUUAUUUACAAAAUAUUAUGCACUGCUGGUAUUACCAUAUGAAAAGAAAUAAAGUCAAUUGAUAAUUGCCUCAUA